AUGGCGGCUACGAUAGUGAUCGCUGCGAGUGCCUACCUCAAGCAAACUACGGUGAAUAUCGUUGAGUACAGUGGCAUGAACCAUGGGGUGAUAGCGGCCCUUGAGCAUGGCGCUGAGGACUUAGUCAUCGUUGGAGACUCGAGGUUGGCAAUCCAGCAAUCACUAGGGGUGAUCGCAUGCCAUAAGGAUUCGCUAAUAACACUCCUGAACCGCCACCGAGAACUCGUUGCGAAGCUCAAGUCAUACAACGCAGCGACUGACUCGCUCGCUGGUGAGGCAUUGGAGUCGAAGGUGUCUAAGGUGGUGCUCAACGACCACCGUAAGACUGAGCUCAAGGAGCUGAACAGAAUCCAAGAAAUGAUCUAUGGGCCGACUUCAGACGACAUCAAGGUCGAAAACGCGAGUUCCGAGACUUUCUCUCAAAUUCUAGACGGAAAGACACGCUACAUUCACGCAAUUGACAGCGAUAUCCUGCUACAACGCAAGACUUAUGCUGCCUUUGCGCACCAAGAACGUGCCGAAGUCUCAGCUACAACUCGAAGUCAGACCGAGACCACGAAGAAACGAGUGCACUUCGAGGACGAAGUUCCUGAAGUAACGAUCAAUACUGAGACAACUGAGGCAGUCAACGAAACUCGGAAACGCAAGUACAAUGACCUAGUGCUACACGAACCAACAGGCGAUGGCAUUGAGCCGGUUACAGUGCAAGAAGAGCGAAGACGCCGUAUCGUUAAAGUUCAGGACGAAGAACUGAGGUGGUCGAACCUGAAAGCCGUCCUGAGAGGAGAAACCACAGCGAUGACUUACAAAGAGGCUCGAGAAGCCUGGAAGUGGGCGGACAACUUCGUGCUGUCACGUGACAACGUCCUGUAUUACACGGGUGUGAGCAGAAGAAAGGUCGACGAAACCCAGCCCGAGAUGUCGUUGAGGCUCGUGGUGCCAACCACAAUGAUCCAAGAGGUGCUACACAACUGCCAUGACUCCAUUGAAGGAGGGCACCAAGGUGUCGUUCGCUCUUACCAAAGAGUGAAACACGACUACUACUGGGUCGGUCUCUAUGCAGAUGUGGAAAAACAUGUGAAAUCAUGUCUCGACUGCAGCUCGAGUAAGAGCAGACCGCAGCUCAAAGGCUACUCACCUGGCAAUGUGCUCGCAGAGCGACCAUUCCAGGUGGUGUCAAUGGACUUUGUGAUCCCUCUGCCGAGAUCUCUGCCCGUUUACCGGGUUUGGAUCGCUAAAGCGAUGUCGAAUACCGAUGCCCUGACUGUGGCCAAGGUGUUCGAGGAAUGCAUCUAUAGACGAUUUGGUGCUCCGUCUCUUAUUCGUACCCACGUCUUCCAGGCCUUCACUGAAUUAAUACAAACACGGUCAAGGUCGACGCUGAGCUAUCGCCCACAAGCGAAUGGACAGCAAGAACGGUCCGUCAAGACCGUGAUGCAGUCUAUCAAGGUCUAUGUGGAAGACCCGUUGCAGCAAGACUGGGAUGAGAUCGCCGAGCGACUAGUCUUUACGAUCAACAACUCUCAUGAUAUGACCAGGAAAGAGACACCAUUCUAA